ACUUCAACAACAACCACUUGCUACUUUAUAUUUUGUACAUAAGCGCUGGUUAUUUGAUAAAUUAAACAGUUCAUGAGCGUGCCAAGAAUGGAUUAGUUUAUUCCUGCCCAGCCAAGCCUGUUACUUUAUUUCCAUGGCACCAACACUCUGAAAAUCUACCUCCAGGCAACUAUUUUUACCCAACUGGUUUUACAGCAAUGCAGUAUUGACAGAGUUUUCACAUUAAGCCAUGUCCUGAAUUGAUUUACUCUUUCAGACAGGAGUGCUGUUUGUUGUGUAUCUGGACUCUGGUCCUGCAACCACUGUUUAGUGCAUGAUCCUUAUCAACGUCACUAAACCAUACCACAUCUCAAAUUUAGGUCAGUAGUGUGCCCAGUCGAUACAUUAGUUUAUAGCUCCCUCUUGUGGUAUAAAACGCAUGUUGAGGAACAUGCCUCCCACAAAUAUUACAGGCGUGCUGUGGCCUCAGAUGAUAGGCCUUUGUUUUUUUGCGUGUUUAUGGGUGAAUCAAUGCGUGCAUUACUGUAGCUGUAUAGAGAGAAAAGAGGAUUCUCGUUGGAUGUUGGAUGUGCAGAGAAUAGUGUGAUAAUUGUGGAGAGGGGAAUGGAAGAUUAAAUAAGCUGUCAUUCAAUUCUGAGUCUGUUUGGAGAAGGACAUUGUUGAAUUUACUACUGAGCCGUAGAUCUCUUAACGGAGUUAUUGCAGCUUUGGUGUUCCCCUCAAAUUUAAAGGGCAAAUAAAAGUGUGUGUAUCACCUGAUGAGGGGAAACCCCUUGUCACCAGGAAAAUGGGAGUGGCAGUGAAAAGCACUAAUUGUUGUGCCUCUGCAAAUACUAUUUAUAGCCCCCUGUGUAUUUCAGCAGCUGUCCCUCUUCUAUCUCCGUGCCCAGCUCCUCUCACAUUACGCCCCUCCACUCCUCAGACCACAGCGUUACUGCGACCCUGCCCUCCACGUUUGCCCUCCCACACUCCCUCUCAGGGACUAGUGAGUGCGAGGUCUUUGCAGAACCCAGGUCCCUACCCUACCUCGGCCCCCGACCGCACCGCUACAGGUGGCGGAGCGAAGAUUGGAAGGUUAACCAGGCCUAAAGAGAAGCUUGUUCCAUGACUUCUGGCCUACCUCCAUGGCGUACAAAUCCCGCUUUUCAUUCUGGGAGCAAAAGGUUCAAGUUGAGAACAAGCCAGAUUCCGAUGGAGAUAGUAGUCCGCCUCAGGCAGCCACUAAACCUGGGCUAGACACAGGGAGCGGUCCACAGUCGACGGCGUCGUCAGCUGAAGAGUCAAAUAGUAACGUUGCCAUGGGCGGCUCGGACAGUCCGGGGGAGGAGCAGAGCUCCAGCGGCAAAAACGUGGCGAGGGUCGCGAGGAGAGUCGUCAGGCGCGUGGUUCCUGUUGUGACGGUAGAGCAGAACCAGCCUGUUUCAGUUUCCGAGUCUGCGAGGGCCGCCUCCGCUGCAGACUACCAGACCCUCAGGACCGCCAGAGCUGCUCGGCCGGACAAGGACGAUAUCUCCAUGGGCUUGACCAGCCUAAUGGGCAGAAGCAGAACCAAGGAACACCGGCCUCGCACCCGCACCCAGGACCGCAAAGAGGACACGAAAGACGAGGCGAAGCAGGAGGAGGAGGAAAAAACAGAGGAGGUCACAUCUGUGCCCACUCCUACAGCGCCAAACCCCGCACCACCAAAGUUCAACCCCCUCAUCCCUCCAGCUGGAUUCAUCCCCGCUCCCAAACCCAACCCUUUAGCCCCGCCUGCUGGUUUCAUCCCGCUCCCCAAACAGAGCCUGUUGACACCUCCACCUGGUUUCAUCCCUGCCAGAAGAUCCAGUCCGGGGUCCCCAAACCAGAAUCCCCUCGCAAGACCUCCGGGAUUCAUCCCAGUCCAAAAAACGGACCCCCUGGCUCCUCCUGCAGGGUUCAUCCCAAAGCCUCGUCUGGUUGCUGUAAAGAAACCGGAGGGAAAGGAGACACCUUGUCCCCCUGCGGGCCCCGAUGAUAAGCCGUCCCCCGUUGCGCCGCCCCAGGCUCAGUCUGCACCGAAUGAACAGGUGUGUGUUCAUCUCGAAGCAAAGCGUGCCAGAGGCCGCAAAUCCUCUCAGUCCAAGCCUGUUGAGGACCCCGUGGCCAUCCUUCAGGCAGCACACUCGGCUGCAGCUCAGGGAAAGACUGAGGAGCAGAUAACGGCAGAGAGAGCCUGGUACUACACAGAGAAAGUAUGGCUCGUCCACAAGGAUGGAUUUUCCAUGGCAAAUCUCCUGAAGACGGCGGCGGGCAGCCUGCCAGAGGGGAAGGUGAAAAUCCGCCUGGAUAGUGACGGAUCUUUAUUGGAUGUGGAUGAAGACGAUGUAGAGAAGGCAAACCCGCCGAUGUUUGACCGGGUGGAGGACCUGGCCUCUCUGCAGUAUUUGAACGAGUCGAGCGUGAUGCACUCCCUGAGGCAGCGGUACGGCGGUAACCUGGUGCACACCCAUGCUGGGCCCAACAUGGUGGUCGUCAACCCCAUUAGCGCCCCUUCGAUGUACUCUGAGAAGGUGAUGCAAAUGUUCAAGGGCUGCAGAAGGGAGGACACUGCCCCUCACAUUUACAGCAUGGCCCAGGCUGCCUAUAGGAACCUGCUGAUCACUCGACAGGAUCAGUCCAUCAUCCUGCUGGGCAAGAGUGGAAGUGGCAAGACCACCAACUGUCAGCACAUCAUCCAAUACCUGAUCUCCAUUGCCGGCAGCACCAACAAAACAUUCUCCACAGAGAAAUGGCAGGCAGUCUACACAGUUUUGGAAGCGUUUGGGAAUGCCUCUACAUGUAUGAAUGGGAAUGCCAGUCGCUUCUCCCAUAUUGUUUCCAUGGACUUUGACCAGACAGGCCUGGUGACCUCAGCCUCUAUACAGACUAUGCUUCUGGAGAAGACGAGGGUGACAAGAAGACCAGGGGGAGAGUCCACUUUUAAUGUCUUUUACUACCUGAUGGCUGGACUAGACAGCUCCCUUAGAACGGAGCUGCACCUGAACCACUUUGCCGAAAACAAUGCAUUUGGAAUCAUGCCUCAGACAAAGGAAUUUUAUUUGACGUCAUGUGCUAUCUGCCAGACUGAGGAUAAGCAGCGGGCCUCCCAGCUGUUUUCCAAGCUGCAAGCAGCCAUGAAGGUUCUGGGGAUCAGUGGUGAUGAGCAGAGGGCCUUCUGGCUCGUCCUCGGGGCCAUCUACCAUCUCGGGUCUGCAGGAGCCACUAAGGCUGGCAGGAAACAAUUUGCACGUCAUGAGUGGGCCCAGAAGGCCGCCUACCUGCUGGGCUGCACCCUGGAGGAGCUCUCCUCCUCCAUCUUCAAGCACCAGGCCAAGGGCACCCUGCCCAGAGCCAGCUCCAUCCGCCAGGCUUCGGACGAAAAUGGCACAGCAGAUGCAGCAGGAUCCAAGGCCAGGACCACGGCCAUGGAGUGUUUAGAGGCCAUGGCAUCGGGGCUUUACUCGGAACUCUUCACGACCCUCAUCUCUUUAAUAAACCGGGCCUUGAAAUCCAGCCAGCACUCCCUGUGCUCUCUGCUCAUUGUGGACACACCGGGCUUUCAAAACCCCAGGCUGGCGAAGCGCGAGUGCGGCGCGACCUUUGAGGACCUAUGCCACAACUACACUCAAGAACGCCUGCAUUCCCUCUUCUACCAGCGCACCUUCGUUCAGGAGUUGGAGAGAUACAAAGAGGAGAACAUCGAGCUUGCCUUAGAUGACACUGAGCCCAGCACCUCCCUGUCUGUAGCAGUGGUAGACCAAGCCUCAAGCCAAGCGCUGGUACGGACGGUGCGAAUAGAUGAGGCUCGGGGCCUGCUGUGGCUGAUGGAGGAGGAGGCGCUGCAGCCCGGAGGGUCAGAGGAAACCCUGUUGGGACGUCUCUUUAGCUACUACGGACCUGCUGAGGGCGAGAGCAAAGGUCACACUUUCCUCUUGAAGAGUGAAAAGGAUCAUCAUUUCCUGCUGGGCCACAGUCACGGGACUGACUGGGUGGAGUACGAUGCCUGCGGGUGGCUGAACUACGCCAAGCAGAAUCCAGCGUCUACCAACGCCACAAGCCUGCUGCAGGACUCCCAAAAGAAGAUCAUCAGCUCGUUGUUCACGAGUCGUGCGGCUGGAGCCACUGUGCUGUCCGGGUCCAUCGCGGGCCUCGAAGGCGUUUCCCAGCUGUCCUUGCGACGGGCCACCAGCAUGAGGAAGACCUUCACCACAGGGGUGGCUGCCAUCAAGAAGAAGUCCUUGUGCAUCCAGAUAAAGCUUCAAGUGGAUGCUCUCCUUGACAUGGUGCGGAGGUCCAGGACUCACUUUGUUCACUGCAUAUUGCCGAAGGCAGAUGCCCUCAAGGCUCUGACUGGAUCCCUGUUCAAAGGAGGGGAAUGUGAGGCUCAAGGGGAGACUGGAGAUCCCGGCUUAAUGCAGCUCGAUGUAGCCCUGCUCCGUGCUCAGCUGCGCGGCUCCAAGCUGUUGGAUGCUCUCCGGAUCUACAGGCAAGGUUAUCCCGAUCACAUGGUAUUCUCGGAGUUCCGGCGGCGCUUUGACGUGCUGGCGCCGCACCUCACCAAGAAGCAUGGCAGGAAUUACAUUGUGAAGGACGAGAAGAGAGCGGUGGAGGAGCUACUGGAGUCCUUGGAUUUGGAGAAGAGCAGCUACCACAUGGGUCUCAGUAGGUUGUUCUUCAGAGCCGGCACCUUGGCCAAGCUGGAGGAGCAGAGGGAUGAGCAGACCAAGCGUAAUCUCACCCUGUUCCAAGCUGCCUGUAGGGGCCACCUGGCACGGCAAGCAUUCAAGAAGAGGAAGAUUCAGGAUCUAGCGAUCCGUUGCAUCCAGAAAAACAUCAAGAAGAACCGCGGCGUGAAGCACUGGCCGUGGUGGAAGCUCUUCGCCACAGUCCAGCCCCUCAUUAAGGUCCAGCUCACUGAGGAGCAGAUGCGAGGCAAAGACGAGGAGAUACAGCAGCAGAAAUCGAAGCUGGAGAAAGUGGAGAAAGAGCGGAACGAGCUGAGACUGAACACGGAUCGAUUGGAGAGCAAGAUCUCAGAAUUGUUGGCAGAACUGGCUGAUGAGAGAAGCACCAGUGAGUCAGCAUCCCAGAUGCUGGAGACAGAGACUUCAGAGAGACUCCGCCUGGAGAAGGACAUGAAGGAUCUACAGGCCAGGUUUGACGCCAUGAAGAAACAAUUAGAUUCACAGGAGAUGGAGGUGAUGGAAGCUCGGCUCAUGAAAACGUCAGAGGUCAACGGCGAGAUGGAUGAUGACGACGAUGCUGGAGGCGAGUGGCGGAUAAAAUACAACCGAGCCAUUCGUGAAAUGGACUUCACCAAAAAGAAACUCCAGCAGGAGUUUGAUGAGAAGUUGGACACAGAGCAGCAGAGCAAAAGACACCUUGAGAGAAGGCUGGCUGAUUUGCAGACAGAUAAUGAGGAUGUGCAGCGCUCUGUGCAGCAGCUGAAGAAGAAGUGCCAGAAACUGAUGGCAGAGCUGCAGGACACCAAGCUUCACCUGGAGGGCCUGCAUAGUCGCAACCAUGAUCUGGAGAAGAAACAGAGGAAAUUUGACCUAGAGCAGAACCAGGCUCAGGCUGAGGUACAAAGAGAAAGGAGCCAGAGGGAGAAGCUGGCUCGAGAGAAAGACUUAAUGACUGGUGAGAUGUUUAACCUUCGCCAGCAGCUGCAGGACAAGGACAAUGACUUGUGCGCCGUGAAUAUGAAGGUGCAGCAGCUGGAGGCCGAGCUGCAGGAUCUCUCCUCCCAGGAGUCGAAGGAUGAAGCCUCAUUGGCCAAGAUCAAGAAGCAACUUCGCGACCUCGAGGCCAAGGUGAAAGACCAGGAGGAGGAGCUGGACGAACAGGCUGGAACCAUCCAGAUGCUGGAGCAGGCUAAGCUGCGGCUUGAGAUGGAGAUGGAGAGGCAGCGGCAGACCCACUCUAAAGAUAUUGAGAGUAGGGAUGAAGAGGUGGAGGAGGUCAGGCAUUCCUGCAGUAAGAAGCUGAAACAGAUGGAGGUGCAGCUGGAGGAGGAGUAUGAAGACAAGCAGAAAGUGUUGCGUGAGAGACGAGAGCUGGAGUCCAAACUGCUGAGCGCCCAGGACCAGGUGAGCCAGAAGGAUGUGGAGACAGAGAAGAGGCUGAAGAAAGACCUGAAGAGAACCAAAGUCCUUCUGACUGAUGCACAGAUAAUGCUGGACCACCUGAAGAGUAACGCCCCCAGCAAGAGGGAGAUCGCCCAAUUCAAAAAUCAACUGGAGGAGUCAGAGUUCACUUCGGCGGCAGCUGUGAAGGCUCGAAAGAGCAUGGAGAUUGAAAUAGAGGACUUGCAUAUCCAAAUGGAGGAUGUGGUCAAAGCUAAGAUGUCGUUGGAGGAGCAGGUCAGCCGUCUGCAGAGAGAGAAGAAUGACCUGCAGUCUCGUAUGGAGGAGGAUCAGGAGGACAUGAAUGAGCUGAUGAAGAAACACAAAGCUGCAGUUGCCCAGUCUACCAGGGACUUGAGCCAGAUCAGUGACCUGCAGGCCCAGCUGGAGGAGGCCACGAAGGAGAAGCAGGAGAUCCAAGAAAAGAUUCAUUCGCUGCAGAGCCAGCUAGAGUUCCAAGAACAGUCCAUGGUGGAAAAGUCUCUUGUGUGCCGUCAGGAGGCCAAGAUCCGUGAGUUGGAGACCAAGCUGGAGUACGAGAGGACACAGGUCAAACGCUUGGAGACUCUGACGGGUCGUCUGAAGGAGAACCUGGAAAAGUUGACAGAGGAGAAAAACCAACGCGUCGCUGCGGAAAACAGGGAGAAGGACCAGAAUAAGCGAAUGCAGAGGCAGAUAAGGGACAUGAAAGAAGAAAUGGGAGAGCUGUCCAAGAAGGAGGCCGAGGCGAGCCGGAAGAAGCACGAGUUGGAAAUGGACAUCGAGAGCUUAGAGGCAGCAAAUCAGAGCUUACAAGUGGACCUUAAGCUGGCCUUCAAGAGGAUAGGUGACCUGCAGGCCGCCAUAGAGGACGAGAUGGAGAGUGAUGACAAUGACGACUUAGUCAACAGUUUGCAAGACAUGGUGACAAAAUAUCAGAAAAGAAAGAACAAAACUGGGGAUGAGACAGAAACGGAUUCCGAGGUGGAGGACCGCGUGGACGGGGUUAAGUCUUGGCUCUCCAAGAACAAAGGCUCCACCAAGAACCUGUCGGAAGAGGGGAGUCUGAAGAGCACCAGAUAUUCAGCAAAUGCCGAUACCAAGGAGGUGAAAGAGGGUAAGGAGAAGAUGAACAACGGAGGUAAAGACGGCAGAGAGGUAGAGCAGAACAGAUCAGUGUCUGUCAUGAGUUCCUUAAGCUAUAGGAAGCGUUCCAACCUAAAAGACUCCAUAGGGGGGACAGGCGAUGACAGCUCCCUGUUCAGCACUCUCAAAGAACAGCCUGACACACCAGACCAGGCCUCCAUGCGCAAAGCCAAGUCUAAGUCUGGAGCGCUCCAGGAGGAUUGGAAGAAGAGCCAGGCGCAGGAAGACAUGGACGACAAAGGCUCCGUCAUCUCCCUGGCCUAUUCUGAAGCCACCAGCAGAGCCAGGAAGGGCCUGGAGUCCCGCUGGACCUCCCGCAGCAGCCCUGAAUUUGAUAAGGACUCCAUGGCGUCCUCGGUGGCUCCCAGCAGGAUGUCCACUCGAAGGAGCCUGCUGGACAUGGACGAUGACAGUAAGUCGACGAUCAGCAGCGUGAGCCGCUCCAGCCCCCGAUCGCUGCAUCGCAGCAGUUCCUGGAAAGACGACAAACGCAGCGGCUCGCGCCUGUCCGUCGCCCGCAGCUGUGGCCUCAGUGAAUUCGGCCUGCAUGUGGAUGACUGCGACGGCCACAGCGUGGCCUUCACUGAAGGGGGGACUUCAUCUUUCAGUCCCCGCUCCCUCAGUCGCAGCUUUUCGACCCCGGCCCAACCGCGCUCCUCCGACGGGAAUCUGCCGGAUUCAUCGGACAUCAAGAUGGUCACCCACCGCAACUACUUGGACCCCGACUUGGAGGCCGCCAUCAAUGAGGUGCUGAGCUUCAAACCCAUUAAGUUCAAGCGCAGCAAACUUGACGAGUCGAGUGGAGAGGAAGAGGAUGAGAAGAAGGGGCCAGGAAGCCAGGACGGUAGGAAGAGCGGAGAAGACGAGGGUAGCACAUCCAGCCUGCUUCGCUCCGCAUCAAGCUCUGCUCUGGACUACACCAACCGGCCGUCCAGCACCCUGAGCACCAGCAGGUCCCGCGGUCGGAAAGUUAAGAAAAGCAAACUCUCGCCGUCCGACGACGACGACUCCUCCUCUUCAGACGACCGUCGCAGCAGAAAGAGCUCAAGGGGGAAGAAGGGCAAGAAGUCCAAGAAGAGAUCUAAGAAGAAGCAAAGUGAGUCGGAGGAUUCCUCUUCCUCCUCAAAGUCGUCCUCUUCCUCCUCCUCCUCCUCCUCCUCCCACUCGACCGUCUCCUACCGCAGCUCCAGCAGUGUCAAAAGGGCCCCGAAACAACCACCUGAUGAUGACGAGCAGGAGCCUGCACGUCGUGGGCCAUCAAGCAAGAAGGAUUCCCAGAAGAAGCAGAAGAAGGUGGAUAGCCUGGUGAUGAAGUACCGCUACAGGCCUGACAGUGACUGAUGCCGUCAGUGGAAGCCCUCCUGUGUGCCGCAGACACCGGAGUCUUGGCAGAUCUGAUGAAGAGGAUAACGCGGACAGAGACUCAGGCAGGC